AUGGCCCCAGGUAAGAAAGUCGCCCCAGCUCCAUUGGCUUCCAAGUCUGCUAAGACCUCUGGUCCAAAGAACCCAUUGAUCCGUUCUACUCCAAGAAGUUUCGGUAUCGGUCAAAACGUUCAACCAAAGAGAAACUUGUCUCGUUACGUGAAAUGGCCAGUUUACGUUAGAUUACAAAGACAAAAGAAGAUCUUGUCUAUGAGAUUGAAGGUUCCUCCUUCCAUUGCUCAGUUCCAACACACCUUGGACAGAAACUCUGCUGCUGAAGCUUUCAAGUUGUUCAACAAGUACAGACCAGAGACUGCUGCCGAAAAGAAGGAAAGAUUGACUAAGGAAGCUGCUGCUGUCGCUGAAGGUAAGACUAGACAAGAAGCCUCUCCAAAGCCAUACAACGUUAAGUUCGGUCUAAACCACGUUGUCUCCCUUGUUGAAAACAAGAAGGCUAAGUUGGUUUUGAUUGCUAACGACGUUGACCCAAUUGAAUUGGUUAUCUUCUUGCCAGCUUUGUGUAAGAAGAUGGGUAUUCCUUACGCUAUCGUCAAGGGUAAGGCUAGAUUAGGUACUUUGGUUAACCAAAAGACCUCUGCUGUCGCUGCUUUGACUGAAGUCAAGAAGGAAGACGAAGCUGCUCUUGCUAAAUUGGUUUCUACCGUUAAUGUCAACUUCGGUGACAAAUACGAUGAAGUCAAGAAGCACUGGGGUGGUGGUGUUUUGGGUGAAAAAUCCCAAAAGAAGUUGGAGAAGAGAAUCCAAGCCGUCAACUCUAACUAA